UUUUCAACUUCAUUGUACUAUUUCCAGAAUGCCUACAAUGUGGCUUUUCACAGUGUGAACAUUUAUGGAGUUGAAUGCAUUUUUAAAAUAUUUUUUAAAUAAAAAGUGAAUGAAAGAGUUCGGUGUUUGUAUCGUGUCAAAUCACACAAGCAGUGCAGUUUGGCAGCUCAAGUUUGGUCCAACUCUGAACAAAUGUCUUUUAAUGACAUCCUGAAGUAACCUACUAAAUUCUGAAAAUUAUUUUCCAUCACCUAGAAUCUUCUGAGGAAUUCUCUAGAAGAAAUGAUGCUACACUCAGCUUUAGCCCUCAGUCUCUUAUUCAUCACAGUUUCUUUCCAACUCGCCAUUAAAAUCAAAAGGGAAAAGAAAUCUCCUCAGACACUCUCAAGAGGUAUUGUAAUCUUAUUUUCUAAACUCAGUCAUUUGGAUUCUUUGAAACUAACUGGCAUUAUGUUUUCCUCCACAGCACUGAAAAAAGUAUUUGCCCAAAAUGAAGAAAUACAAGAAAUGGCUCAGAAUAAUUUCAUUAUGCUGAAUCUCAUGCAUGAGACCAACGAUAAGAAUUUAUCACCUGAUGGGCAAUAUGUACCUAGAAUCAUGUUUGUGGAUCCCUCUUUAACAGUCAGAGCUGAUAUAACUGGAAAAUACUCUAAUCGAUUAUACACAUACGAACCUCAGGAUUUACCAGUGUGUAAGUAUUCACAAAUUAGCUUGAACAGUGGUAGUAGCUGACCCUUGCCUGUAACAAGGGUCAGUAGCGCCUGAUACCAGUGCUUCUCAA